AUGAGUAGAGAGGCGCCAUUGUCGCCUACUGCUUGCCGUGGUGCGGAGGACGCCUCUCAUCUUGCGAUAGAGGAGAAUUUCACCGCACCGCCAGAUUUGAAGGUGAAGAACAGCAGCAUGCCGCCACUGGGAACGGCGAAGGAUGACGCAGAUAAUCGUUACAGUAAUGCGGCCGACGAGGUGGAGGACGGGAUGCUUUGGAAUGAGCAGAGUGUGACAUCAAGGGAAACAGUAUGGGGAAGUCCGUGCGUGCUAGAAGGCGCUGUGGGUGUUGGUUGUAGUGAAUUUUCGCGGGGGCAUUCCUCAUCUGAAUCCGUCAAAAGGGAGCGGGAAUCUAUUCAAUUAAACAAGAAGAAUCUUUAUCAGAUGGAAAAGGACUUGUCGGACGGAAAAGCAACUUUGCACCCAGAAUUACUUGACGAUGACACAUUCUGCGUUAAGCGAAGGAGAUCUAGAGGCAAACAUGUGGGCAUUGCCUCAGUGGCAUCAGAGGUGGAGGAGGGUGCCCGUGGCUGCUUUGUAACGUCGGAUGUUGAACAAUCGUCCCCGCAUCUGAAAUUUAACAAAUCAAAAAAUAAAUUUUUUGACAUUUCGGUUUGCAGUGUUGAGAGUGUGUGUGGAUCUGAUGUUUGGCCAGAUAUUCUUAGCCGCAAAAACCUGGAUCGUUUUGCAUCUCAGCUCUCCAUGGGCGUUAAGGAAUUGACACCGGAAGUGCUUUUGAGUAACAACAUACAGAAAUUGCAUGGGAAUUCAACUACUGCGACAAACGACGGGCGGGCAAGUAUUUGUGCUGAGGUAGGAAGCGAGAUGAGGGAUGAUAUGCGGUCUCAAGACGACGCAACAGCAAAGACACUUGAUGCGGCACGCGAGCAAAGCCAGUACGGAGGCGCCAGUGAAUGUUCCAGUCGCCAGACGCUGUUAGAUGGUGCCUUACAAUUUAAGAGGGAAAACAAUGACGACCCCCUGCGUCCGAUUGCAUCAAAAACGCGGGAGUUAAACGGCGAUGUUGUGACGGAGUUGAGUUCCACCAUGUUCCCAGACUCCAAGACGUCUGUAAGCAUGAUGGUUGGGCCCCGUUCUCCGUGUUCUCGCCUUGACGAUAUGCCACGUGAAGACACCAUGUCGGAUGGCUCGUCUAAAGCUGAGAGAUGCGGCGACAAUGUUCCCAAAGAAAGUAAUACGGAGGUGAUCCAGGAAUUGCGACAAAGCAUAGCAAAUAAUGUACAAGCUACUCAGGAACUGAAAUCGGGGCAGGACAAAGUCAUUGCUGAAAUGAAUGGUUCCCAAUGUGGCUCGCGAUCUCACCUUGUCGAUCUGACGAAGCAGCCAGGCUCCUCUAAAAAACAAACUAGUGGGUUACAAACAGUGCUGGAUGCAAACCUUGGGGAGCUGAAGACGCAGGUAUUACAGAGGGAGGGAGAGUGGCCUCAGUUAGUUUUUAGCGAGCUAAAAACGCUCAAGCAAAAGUUGGAAUAUGAAUUGCAGGAAUUGAAGGCGCACUAUGAGGCAGAGAUGGGUACCCUGCGUCAGCACGUGACGGAGUGCGUUGGACACGUCAAGCAACUUGCCUCCGAAUUAAUCAUCAAACUGAAUUGGUUACAGCGGCCUGAAUUCACAGCCGAUAAGUUUGAGACUUUUCCUCCUGGUGAUCCGCUUCCCGAGGGGGAAAAGAUACAUUUAGUGGUGGAUAUACAGUGUUCUACCGAGAACCGAGAAGUCCUGCUUCCUAUAAGCGUCAACGCCACGGUUGGCAUGUGCAAGUGUGAGAUCUUACGACGAAUUUACCGGCAAGGUUUGAUCGGUAAUGACGUUUGCUAUUCCAACGUUAUUCUUCUUCAGGACACUCGGACGCUAUAUGAAGAAGACAUACUUGGAGAUGUUCUUGUCUCUGGCCUUCCCAACACAGGUGCUUUACAGAAGUUGGUGAAAUUGACUCUACGCUCAACACACCAAAACCAGGUCCGCAGCCCACGUCCAACAGAAGGGGAGAUUAGGGUACCCACAAGGAGUUCAACAGCACCACAGAAUGCCGCUUCCUCUAAUAGUUUUCUUCCUGCUGCCUCAUUGGCCACGAAUGGUGCUGACACACAGGCUGCCGUGACGAUAAGGGAAGGGACCUCUUAUUCGCAUCAAACGAUUAGUGCCACGCGACAACUUGCCCCUAUGGCUUUGACAAAAUCUGAGGAUCGUAGAAUACUGUGUGUUGAGAGCGUAGAUGAAAUAAGUGAGAGUGAAUCCCUGUAUCGUCGACUUUUAAUUGAAUUGGAGCGUUCAGAGCGAGAAGCUCUCGUUAGGGAGGAAAAGGCGCAUUGCGUUGUAGUUGUCAAAGAGGGACUAACACGCAUUCGUAUAUCUUUGUUGGAUCGUGCAACGUACACUUCUGUGGAGGUGCAUCGUUGCGUGGCCUGCAGUGCUCUUGAGAAGCUCGACGCCGCUUUGGCACCAGGAGCCACACUGGAAGAAAUGAACCUGGCGAGCAACACAGCACAGGCAGCAUUACAAAGUAUCAGCUUUACCCCUGGAGAGGACAGUCGUGUCGCUGCCAUGCAGGAAGUCAUGCGUCGGGCGCAGGAUGGAAAACAACGGACAGUUGAAGGAAUCAAGGAGUUAUGUGACAAGAUUACCCAUCGACUACGCAUCCCUUCAAAUAUGUUGAAACGUGCGGAGUCGUUAACGCAGGACGCGCAGCGAGCCCUCAUAUUGGCACCCAGCCUGACGCAAAAGGAGUUGGACGAAGUACAUGAGUCAUUGGCAGAUUUUUAUGAUGCAGUUUGCCACUGA